UGCCCCUGCUGUCUGGCCCAGCCACUGCUUCGGACUCGGAGACAAAAGGCAGCAGGAAGAAAAAGAAGAUGUGGCCAUGUCGUAUGCUACCUGUGUUUACGCAAUACCCGCUUUAACCUGUCAGGUGGCGCUGUUGAACGGCGUAUCGUGUUGAUGCUCGGUCUGCCUCCAGCAGAGAGAAGUGCGUGGUUGGAUGUGAGCGCGAGCGACCUGUCUCUAUUUCCAGAUCGAAGAUGGCGGUCUCGGUGUUCCCCGGCGUGCGGCUCCUCUCCAUUGGAGACGCGAAUGGAGACAUACAGCGACACUCAGAGCAGCAGCCGCUGCGGUUAGAAGUCAAAACUACACAAGAUGCUGCCCUCAUCAAUCUCUCCAAUGGAGAGGAAGCGAGUAUGUUCAAAUGUUCCAUUUCCAGGGAGACGGAGUGCAGUCGCGUAGGGAAGCAGUCGUUCAUCAUCACACUGGGAUGUAACAGCGUCCUGCUACAAUUCUCCUCACCUGCAGACUUUCAGUCCUUUUAUAAUCUGCUGAAGAAUUGUCGCGGGCAUGCUAGUGAGCGCUCGGUCUUCAGUGACAGGACAGAGGAGUCCUCUGCUGUACAGUACUUCCAGUUUUAUGGCUACCUCUCCCAGCAACAGAACAUGAUGCAGGACUAUGUCCGGACAGGGACUUACCAGCGGGCUAUUCUCCAAAACCACACAGACUUCAAGGACAAGGUGGUACUGGAUGUUGGUUGUGGCUCAGGGAUCCUCUCCUUCUUUGCAGCUCAAGCUGGAGCCAGGAAGGUCUACGCUGUGGAGGCCAGCACUAUGGCGCAACAUGCUGAGGUGCUGGUGAACAGCAACCGUUUAGGAGAGCGGGUAGUUGUCAUUCCUGGGAAGAUAGAGGAGGUGACGCUGCCGGACCAGGUUGACAUCAUCAUCUCAGAGCCAAUGGGCUACAUGUUGUUCAAUGAGCGUAUGCUGGAGAGCUACCUGCAUGCCAAGAAGUUCCUCAAACCCAAUGGUAAAAUGUUCCCCACUAUUGGUGACGUCCACCUGGCACCCUUCACAGACGAGCAGCUCUACAUGGAGCAGUUCACCAAGGCCAACUUCUGGUACCAGCCCUCCUUCCAUGGUGUAGAUCUUUCCGCCUUGCGGGGGGCAGCAGUGGACGAGUAUUUCCGCCAGCCAAUUGUGGACACAUUUGAUAUCCGUAUUCUGAUGGCUAAAUCAGUCAAAUACACAGUCAACUUCUUGGAGGCCAAAGAAGAGGAUCUUUACAGAAUAGAGAUUCCCUUUAAGUUCCACAUGAUGCACUCAGGCCUGGUACAUGGCCUGGCUUUCUGGUUUGAUGUGGCAUUUAUGGGAUCAGUGAUGACAGUAUGGCUGUCCACAGCACCCACAGAGCCUCUCACCCACUGGUACCAGGUGCGCUGUCUGCUGCAGUCUCCCCUCUUCACGAAGGCUGGGGAUACAUUGUCCGGCACAGCUCUGCUGGUGGCCAACAAGAGACAAAGCUACGACAUCAGUAUUGUUGCCCAGGUGGACCAGACGGGAUCAAAGUCCAGCAACCUCCUGGACUUGAAGAACCCCUUUUUCAGGUACACUGGCACCAACCCUAACCCCCCUCCUGGCUCACACUACACUUCCCCUUCUGAGAAUAUGUGGAACACAGGGGUGGCCUACAGCAUGAGUCAGGGGAUGGCUGUAUCAGGGAUGCCUGCAGCUUAUGACCUCAGCACAGUCAUUGGCAGUGGCCAGUCAGUGACUCACAACAACCUCAUCCCCCUGGUGAACACAGGGAUUGUAAACCACACCCACUCCAGGAUGGGCUCCAUCAUGAGCACAGGAAUUGUCCAGGGAGCCACUACAGGCCAGUCUGGUCCCAGCAGCAGUGGUACUUACUAUCCCGUUACCAACCAGUUCACCAUGGGGGGUGCUGCCAUCUCCAUGGCUUCACCUAUGGUCAUCCCCAGCAACACCAUGCAUUACGGCAGCUAAGACGAAGACCUCUUCAGCCUUCCCACCCCUGCAUGACAGAUCCCCAAGCCCUCUCAGUGGAGCUCUUCAGUCUGCUGGCCCCAACCCCCACCUCAAUCCUUCAGUCCUGACUGACACAUCAUCUACAGCCAAAAUCAAUAUACCAAAACCAGUGUUGUGCUGGCACUUCCUCCCUGUGCUCAUCAUUCAAAUUCUACCCUGUUCGAUCCAGCACUAUAAGAAUGAUCAAGCUCUCUCUGAUCCGUCCAGGCUGCUGUCUUGUCAACAGCUGCUAUCUCCUUCACCUUUUCUCCCUCUUGGAUUGACUGAGACUGUAAAAGGUGCACAGUUGAGAUGCAGAAUAGUUAGUCUGUCCCCUUCCUGGGUUUCCACCCUCUUUUGAUUCAGUCCCUCCACUCCUUUUUCUCUUAUGUGUCAUGAUGACCCGAUAGUACGGUAUUUGUCCAAACCCAUCCUUCCCUAAAAUCUACUUGUUGCCAGAUACCAGCAUCAGUCCGUCCCCACAUUUCUGCACAUCUCUGUGCCGCACCUACAUGGAAGUUUUUCAUCUGUAUAUUAGGACAAUUUUGCCACCAUCAACACUCCUCUCUGAGCUGCGACCUUGGCUUUUCAUAUCAGAUCCAGUCUUCAAACCUCUCUGCACAAGAAACUGACUGCUGCCAGAUAAAACAGGUCAUUUUAAAGGAUCAGUCCACACAAACCACAAAACAUUUUUCCUGCUUACUCCUCCUAUAGUUUGGUUUUUGAUGGAAGUAAAUGUAUCAGAAAACUGAAGCUAUCUACAUGGCUAAACAGCCAAAGGAGUAUGUGGAAUAUAUACUCUUCUUAUUUGGACAAACAAACCAUCUAUGCUCUGCUCAUUAUGCAAUGUGUGGCUCUGCUUAAAAGCAGAACUACACAACCUCAGCUUUUGGGAGACUGGCAUCCUGGUCACCUUCCAUGCUGAGUCAUGAAAAAAUUGGCACCAUAAUCAUGUGUGUGUGUGUCUGGAAAUUAGAUUGAUGGGAGCAAACCAAAACCAGAAUAUAGUGAGCCACGUUAAAACAGCGAGCCAGAAGGAGCUGUAGAGCGAUAUAGAUGCUAUAAGACUUAAACUGAGGGCAGCAUUUGCUGGUUCUCAUUGGCUUUAUCACCGCGAGUGACACUUGUCACAUCACAAAUGUUGUUUACAUAAAAAUAUUAAUGAAUGCAGUUUUAAAUAUACUGGUACUUCUUACCCAGACCUGUGAGGUUAGCCUAGCAUCAUUUCAAGGCCAGAAAUUGAGGUUAUCUCAAAUGAUCUCCUUUAAAAGUGAAAAUAUCAAUUUUCCAAAAACUCCAAAGCUGUCUCAACAUAACAUAUCCUGUUUACUUAAUAGUGAAAACAAAACUUAAAAACAAGACAGUGUUUUGGCGCUUUAGAGCUGGAGGCAUUUCUUGACCAGCACUAGCUUGCUUCAGUGCCUGCAUGCAGCAACACACGAGUUCUGUCCUUAUACUUGUAAUAGGGUUGCCAGGUUUAGCACCGUUCAGAGUGAACAAAAGCCCAGGUGACACUUUCAUGUCUUACAACCAGUUUAUUUGUAUUGCAUUUUGUCUGGUUUUUCGUAGAGCUAACAACUUUCUUGUCCUGCUAAUAAUCUUGAAAUAUCUCUGUAUUGAACGCACUGAUAUUUAUGUCUUUUAGUUAUUUGACUAUGGGGUUGAUAGCAAACAAACACAUUUCCUGAAAUAUUGGAAGUAGGGUUAAGGCCCCCAAAUGAUUCAAACGAUAUUGUAUAACAUGUAAAAUCUAAUCUAAGGGAUCAGGUCUCCCUGAUCUCCUUCCAAGAACUUUCUCUGUAGUCUCAACGUGAUGAAUUGUAACACUUUUAAAAGCACUGUUGCUGUUGUCCUUGGUUUUAGAGAAAAAGUGUCAGUAGUAACUGUGUAAGAAAUGAAGAAAGAGAGCUUAAGAGAGAUGUUCAGUCCCUGCUUCCACACUACUGGCAAGUUGGUGUGCAGGCAUACUAGUCAGAUUUUGUGUUUCAGAAAGUUAAAAAAAAUUGUCAGACGCAGCUGCGUACAGCUGCCUUUAGCAUUUGGCAAUUCCAAGAGAUGCCAAUCAAUUAGCAACCUGUGAGUGAUGAUGUUGUAUUUUAUAAUACCAAGCAUUGAAAGUGACCAGUGGGUUAAGUCUCCCAAAAAUGUGUCUUUGUUGAAGCUACAGCAAUGUAGUCUUGUAAACCUGAAACAAGCCUGCUGUUGCUCCCAUUGCCCUCUUUCUUCACCUGGUACCUGGAUUCUAACUGAGAGAACAUUGCUACUGCAGCUCCUCCUCCUCAGCCAGUCAUUUGUUGAGCCAGAUUGUUCUGGUUUAGUUGGAGGAAGCAGAUUUGGAGAAGGAACCUGAAAAGGACCAAUAUAACCCAGAGCAGCAGCCAGCUGGCUGUGAGAAGGACAAAAGAUUCUCCUCCCAACCACCUCUGAGACUGUUGCAAAGUGACUUUAUUGUCGAGGCAUGUGAGACUGGCCUAGUCCACCCACUCCCCUCUUCAUCUGUUCACUCUGUAUAACCUCCAACAUAUCACGUCCCCAACACACCCAAUGGCCUCUUCUCAUGAGGAGGGAGAGAGACAUGUAUGCAUUGCUUCCAGUGUCACAACUUUUGGACUUGGUUUAUUUGGGAUUUAUAAGUUAGGAAGUUUUAAGAGAGAUGAAAAAGUGUCUCUUUGUAGGAUUAACCUUAUUUUUUGUCUUUUUUUUUUCUUUCACAAACAAAAUGAGUGCAAAUUAAAAGGGGUGAUAUGUUACAAGAAGCUUUCUGGGAUCAGGUGUUGUAGUACUUUAAUUUGUUUCCUCUAGUUUCUUAAAUAGGCCAUGGGCAUCUCAGAUGUUUACCAGGUGGUAGCUAUCCUAUAGCGAUCAUGUCCCCUUUGUUAUGCUCUGUGUAGUCAAUCAUGACAUAGGAAGACUGUCAUGUUCUGUUUUUUGUCUGUUGACCAAUAACAACUUUCUCUCUGACAUCGACUUUAUUAUAUGUUAAAAUUACAAAUAUUCAAAUCAAACAGAUUGGAUGAGUAACAGUAUAAUAUGAGUUCACGGUUACAUGCUCUUGAAACAAAAUUUGAACAGUGCUCAGGAGGUUCUACUAAAUGCAAAUCUCAGACUACAUCUAUAUUAAACCAACAAAUUUAAAUGCCAUUUACAUGUGACAACAAUUUGCAUCCACUUCAGUGUUUUGUGGACAUUUUUGUACAGAUCUCUCUUAACAGUGAAACACCUGAACAGUAUGAACAUGGCCAGAGCUCUUGUUAAACUUAUUUUCAGUUGACAAUCAGCAGUGGUACAGCCAACAUCUGACAAGGAGCGGCACAUGACCCGAAUAUUAUUUUAUGGUCACGUGGGUGUCUCAGAAAAAUCACCAUAAACACAGGUUAAUGACAGCAGCUGUGCUGUAUGAUCCACUAUAUCAGUGUUUAAAAUGGGGGAUUACACAGUUGACACAAGUUAGAUGACAACAUUAAAUCAGUUUAAAGGCACCGGUUCUCUUGUGCAUUUGGCUCUAUUGGCAUUUAAAAUGAACAAUCAUGGAGAUGCGGUCGCAAGAAAAAGUAAGGGCUCCAUUUGCAAUUUUUGGUUCUUCUGCAUAAAUUGGUUAUGAAAGGUGAUCUGAGCUUCAGCAAAAUCACAAAUAGCAACAGACAUUAUUUCUAAGUUGAUAAACAAUCAUGAACUUUCAUGUCUUUAUUGAACACACCCAUUGAACAUACACAGUGAUGGUGGAAAAAGUAAUGUAAACUGGAGUCAGGUGUUAGCAAAUCUGCCACUGUAAUUGUUGAUUUGCAUGAAGUUGGAAAGGAUUAGAGUCAUAUCAAAGACUUUAGAUAUUCAUCAGUCCAAGUUAUAUUGUCUAUAAAUGGAGAUGAUUUGGUACUGUGGCUAGUUUCCAUAGAAGUGGGCGCCCAACCAAGAUCACUCCAAAGACAUAACACAGAAUGCUCAAUGAGGUUAAAAAAAAAAAAAAAAAAAACCCAAAACAGUCCCCUAGAGUAGCAGCAAAAAACUUCAAGGAUUCAUUGGAGUUGGUUAACAUCUCAUCAUUAUGAGUCAACCAUGUGCAAAUAUUGAACAGGCAUAGAAUCCACAGAGUAAGCCAUUGCUCUCCAAAUACCACAUUGCAUCAGGCCUGACGUUUGCCAGAGACCACCUUUACACUCCACAGCACUACUGGGAAAAUGUCCUGUGGACAGAUGAAACAAAGAACUGUUUCGAAAACACAGCACUACGUAUAGCGUAAAAAGAGAACCAUGUACCAACAUGUAAACAUCAUCCCAACAGUGAGGUACAGUAGAGGGAGCAUCAUGAUUUGGGGCUGCUUCUGGACCUAGACCAUUUGCCAUUGUGGAGGGGAAAAUUAAUCCCAAUUGUAUCAAGGUAUCCUACAGGUUAACGUCAAGGUGACUAUCCACAAGUUGAAGCUCAGUCGGACAAUGACCCUAAACACUAAAGUAAAUCUACUACUGAAUGGCUUUGGGGAGAAAAUCCACCUUUUGGAGUGGCCCAGACCUCAAGUCAAUAGAGAUGUGGUGGAAUGACCUCAAGAGAUCCGUUCACACUGGAUAUUCUAAGAAUAUGGCUGAGCUGACGCAAUUCUGUGAGGAAGAAGGUUCCAAAAUUCCUCCUGAAGGUCUAAUUACUAAUAGGUCUAAUCCACAGCUACAGGAAGUGCUUGCUUGAGGUUUUCGCUACCAAAGGCGGUUGAACCAGCUAUUAAAACACUUGCCAUUACUUUUUCCACCAUCACUUUGCAUCUGUAAUGGGUGUGGU